AUGGCAAAAGUUCCGAAUGGUUGGUGGUUGGUCUUUGUGCCAGUGGUCACAGCGGGUAUUGCCUGUUUAUCUAACCCCUGUCUUCAUGGAAUAUGUAUUGAUGACUACAAUAGUACCUAUUCUUGUUACUGUACCGAUGGUUUUACGGGAAUACAAUGUCAGACUAACUGGGAUGAGUGUUGGUCGAAUCCUUGUCAAAAUGGUGGCACCUGCAUAGACGGAGUUGCUUCCUAUAAUUGUUCUUGUCCCGAGGGAUUUAUAGGCGAUGACUGCGAAACAAAUUACAAUGAGUGCGACUCAAAUCCAUGCUUGAACAAUGGCACAUGUAUCGAUAUGACCAAUGAUUAUGUGUGUCACUGUAUACCUGGCUUUUCCGGGGAGCACUGUGAGCUUGAUGUCGCAGUUUGUAACACUACAGAGGAGAUACGUUGCUAUAACGGAGGUGAAUGUAUUGAGGGACCCGGAUUUAAAUUCUAUUGCAAAUGUUUACCAGGAUGGACAGGGUCGAAAUGUGAAGAACAGAUUGAUGAAUGCAAAUCGAACCCUUGUCAAAAUGGCGGAAUAUGUAUUGAUGCACAUGCAGACUAUAUGUGUGGGUGUACUUAUGGUUUCACGGGAAAGAGUUGCGAAGUACAAAUCGAGUUUUGCGACGCAAAUUCAUGCAGUAACGGUGCGCUAUGUGUAGUUGAAGAUGGGGAACGGAUCUGUUAUUGUGUGCCUGAUUAUCACGGCGAGCGAUGUGAAUUGCAAUACGAUGAAUGCUUGUUAGGCCCCAGAUGCAUGAAUGGCGGAAGCUGUAUAGACGGGGUAGAUAAUUUUACGUGCUCAUGCCCUCCAAGACUUACUGGAAGUUUAUGUGAAUGCAUUAUUCUGGACGACGGCAGUUACGACUGUGAUUACGUCAGUCCAACUAUGCUGUAUUCCACUGAAAUUGGUACUACAUUUACUGAUAUUACCAAGCCUUCACUUUUCAGUGAAAGUACUAAGGCUUUUACAACAACUGAAGGAUUCUUUAAUACUUCGAGCGUUAUCGCUUUAACUGAGUCCACGACAGCAUCAACUACCGAGUAUAAAACAACUGAAGUUUAUAGCUUUACUAUGAAAACAACAAGUGAUAGUGCAUCGUCUACACCGACGAUGUUUCUCCAUGAAAGCACCACUCAGCAAUUCGAUCCUUCAACUGAAAUUGCUUUCACUCAACAAACACAAGGUGGAGCUAAUAUUAAAACAGAUGCGACUACUAUAUGUAGUGGUAUUUGUGACUUUACGACCGAUAAAACAACCGCAAACAUUGAAACGACGCCAUUUGGAACUACAAAGAACACGGACGAAGAUACCACAGUCAAAGAAUCAACCUAUAUAAGCAGUAUUACUAAACCCACAGAAGUUACUAUAGAAAUGUACCCAACCGAUCACCUUGAGUGCACUCCUUCAGCUUGCAACAAUCAUGGCACUUGUUUUAGCGGUCCACAUGGCAUCAGAUGUCACUGUACAUUCAGUUAUAGCGGAAGAUAUUGUGAAGAAAGAAUUUCAAUAAAAUCCGCGGCUUUUGGAGAAAAUUCAUUUAUAGUGCAUCAUAUUAGAAAUUCCACAUCUCUAGCUAUAGGAUUUGAUGCAAGAACAUUAAUCACUGAUGGCGAUAUUAUGCACGUAGAUAUAGCACAAGGAGUGUAUAUGGAACUUUAUAUGAAUACAGGAUUACUGAAAUUUAAAUUUUCGUGCGGCUAUCAAACGAUGCUGUUAAGCGAGCUCAAAACUUUUGUCAACAAAGGCUUUCCGAUGAAGAUUGAAACAAGACUGGAUUUAUUCUUAAAACAACAACACUGCAACGCGACCCUUCGUUUGAAUGACACACUAGCUAUGAGUGGUGGUCAGAUUGCAAACAUUUCAAGCCUUCACCCUAAUGCCACAUUAAUGUUUGGUAAUGGAUUUAAAAACCACACCGGAUAUCAACCAUUUAUUGGCUGCGUAAAAGGUUUAACUGUAAACGGCGCUACUAGGGCCUUGUUUGAAGAUGCCUUUGAUGCGGGUGAUAUAACAGAGUGUUCAUCAUUAGCUUGUCUGUCUGCACCAUGCCUUAAUGGUGGAAUUUGUAAGGAUAGAGGAGAAGGAUACUAUUGUUCUUGUGCUAACGGAUGGAUGGGCGGCCAUUGCAAUCAGUCCGUAUGCGAAAACAAUCCUUGUCAAUCUGGUGGCAGUUGUGUGAAACAUCCUGGAAGUGGAUUCCUGUGUUUGUGUGCUUUUGGAAAACAUGGAAUCUUCUGCGAAUAUAAUGUUGACAUUACCCGGGCAUCAUUAGCUCCUAUAUCGAGUGGCAAAUCAUCAUAUCUCAUCUAUCCUCUAUCACCAAUGGCCAUCAAUUCCGAUCGUUUUGAUUUACGAUUAAGAUUCCAAACAGAUGACUUAGAUCAAAUAGCAUUGCUUGCGUUUGUAGGACAAAAUGGUAGACAUGACUCUAGAAGUCAGCAUUUAGCAUUAACUUUUGUGAAAGGAUAUAUAAUGCUUACUUGGAACAUGGGUAAUGGAGCACGUCGUAUUUUUACGUCUCGGGCCUUAUCAACAAGGCGUGGAGGGCAUAUGGUCCGUGCGUGGAGACGAGGUCGAACUGCAGGUCUAAGUGUUGAUGGAAGACAUAACGUCUCUGGCAAUGCACCCGCUAAUGAUGUCAAGAUGAACGUGUUGCCUUACGUAUAUAUUGGUGGUCACUCAUCAGACGAUUUUCGUGAUCUUCCCCAUGACCUGCCUCUGCAUAACGGUUGGAAAGGAUGUAUAUGGGAGAUGGGAGGUCAGGCAGUUGGCACGGGUAAACCUGUAGGAGGAUACGGGGUGGGGCAAUGUGGAGUAGCGCAAUGUACUGCCAAAUCUUGUAACGCUCCGAGAGGAGUUUGUAUACACUCACCCGCAACGUAUGGGUAA